AUGGCAUUCCCGCCAGUCCAUAUCCACGCACCCCAGGUAGCGCACACCCACACCGUUAUCCUCUUGCAUGGGCGAGGAAGCAACGGGCCUGAAUUCAGAGAGGAAUUCUUCGCCUCUCUUACUUCCGAUGGCGUUAAUCUUCCCGCCAGGUUCCCUAGCUGGCGUUGGGUAUUCCCAACAUCGCGGGAACGAGAUGACACGCGGUUCCAAGAGCCCAUGUCGGCGUGGUUCGACGCAUACUCGUUAUCGGAUAUCCACGAACACCAAGACCUCCAAAUCGAAGGGCUCAAGGAAUCCGUGUCUUUUAUGCUGGACCUCAUUAUGGCAGAGCUCCAGCUUCUUAGCGGCAGACCCCGCCGUCUCUUCAUUGGUGGCAUCAGCCAGGGCAUGGCGACCGCGCUCUGGGCGUUUCUGUGCUUACCCUCCCGGCUGAGAGAGCCAGUAGGCGGGUUUCUGGGGUUCUGCGGAUGGCUCCCUUAUUCCCAACAGAUUGAAGAUAUACUCGCAUCCUUUAUGCAGGCCCAUGCUCGGAAUAUGACCGAAGUCGGUGCGAAAGUCACCCAUCUCCUUCUUGAUCUUACGGGAUGGCCUUGUGGAGGCGCAAAUGAACUUCAAUUCCACGGAGUCCAAACCACGCCUGUCCUUCUGAGCCAUGGGGUUGAUGACGCUGUUGUCGAUAUUGGAUUGGGCCAGCGAGCACGGUCUAUUCUAUCACGCCUGGGGCUAUCAGUGGAGUGGAAGGAAUACCAUGGAGCCGAUAAUGAGGGCCAUUGGAUCCCAGAACCUGAGGGCUUCGACGAUAUUGAGUUUGGUACACAAAUGAAAACCUCGGGACGCAUGGGACUUCUCUUGACGCAACCCGACUUCGCUAAUCGUAGUGGGUCGUCCUUCAGAAUUUUUCGCCGGCUUCGAAUAGCGUGGCAAAGAAAAAUAGAACCCCAGAAACGAAGUAGAAAUGGCGCAAUCAGUAUGAAGCUUGUCGCGAUUUAUUCGGGCGUAAAAAUCACAGACUGA